GCGCAUACUGGAAAACAACCUCACACGCCGGUCAGACGUUAAGUUGUCGCACCGCUUACGUAUGCUGGGGAAUGGCUGUAUAAUCGAAAAUACCGAACUUUCCGCACAGACUUGGAAUCUCGCUGGACAAGUUUGAGGCUUAUAUCGUAGACAGAAUUUCACACGAAAUGAAAUGUAUCACUUUUUGCGGAAUCCACUGCUGGAGAGCGUUGGUGAUUUUCAAAAAGGGAAUCCCGGCAAAGUGGAGAAACCAUUGAAUGGAUUAGUUGCAGAUGAAGCUUUCUUGAGAUGAUAUUUAAAGAAAAGUAAACAUAAACGCCGAUCAGUUGAUUGCCAGAAGUGUGUGAUAUUGUUCAUAAGAGGAAGUGUACCUGAAUCUAGUAUUAACCUAUCAGAGUUUCGUUAUAUUAGAAGUAAUUAGUAGUUGUGAGUGAUAAGAGUGAUUACAGCGAUAGCGUGGAUACCUAUUUUGGAUAAUAUUAUAAAUAAUAACAAAGUUCGAAUUUGAUAAUUAAGUGCUGCGCUGAGAUUCUAUGCUAGAAAAAGUCUAUUCUUAAUGUGCAUUUUUUACUAUUUUAUUAAAAAUGACUAAGAAAGCCUUCAACAUUGCUCAAAGUACCAUUUUAAAACAUGUGACGAAUCGUGGUAGUUGGGAUCCACCACAAUUAAAUGCAGACGAGAAACAAACCAAAGCAAGUGGCCUAACCCCGACAUACAUCCAUUCGAACGCAGAUCUAGAUGAGACUUCAAUCUCUUAUUUCGACUUGUUCAAAUUUUCAACAAUAUGGGAGCGGAUUUUGACUAUGGUGGCCAUUGUGUUUGCGGCCAUUGGAGCAGUGGGCCUUCCUUUCGCAAUAAUCGCGUAUGGUGAAUUUACAACGCUGUUAGUUGAUAGAACAUCUUAUAAUAGGACGUCGACUAAAACUAUACUAUUAUCCCUGUUUGGCGGCGGCAAAGUCCUAACCAACCCGACACCAGAAGAAAACAAAGAGGCUAUAUUGCAGGAUUCAAAUGCCUUUGGAUUUGCAAGCCUUGCAAUUGCUGGAGUUCAGCUAGUUAGCUUAGCUAUAGCAGCUGAUUUAGUCAAUUAUGCAGCUUUAAGACAGAUAGAGACAAUUCGAAAACUUUUUUUCCGCUCAGCAAUUAGACAAGACAUAACUUGGUAUGAUACUUCUACAAACAAUAACUUCGCUGCAAAGUUAGCUGAUAACUUGGAUAAAAUGAAAGACGGAAUAGGAGAAAAACUGGUAUUUUUCACUUUUCUCGUCGCAUCAUUCAUUAUGAGUAUUAUCUUCUCAUUUUUCUACGGAUGGAAGUUAACGUUAGUAGUGCUUAGUUGUGCUCCUCUUAUCAUUUUCUCGACCGCCUUCGUAGCCAAGAUACAAAGCUCACUCUCUGAAAAGGAGUUAAAGGCAUAUUCUUCGGCAGGAUCGGUUGCGGAAGAAGUCUUGAAUGGAAUUCGCACUGUAGUUGCUUUCGGUGGAGAAGAAAAAGAGUUGCAACGAUACCAAGUGAAGCUUGGUCCUGCUGAAAAGAGUGGAGUAAGAAAAGGACUCAUCUCCGGGAUUGGAGGAGGAACCAUGUGGUUUCUUAUAUAUUGUUGUUAUGCCUUAGCGUUUUGGUAUGGAGUUUCCUUGAUUCUUGAUGACCGCGACAAAGAAGAUAAACUCUACACCCCGGCUGUGCUAAUUAUAGUUUUAUUUGGUGUCCUAGUUGGGGCACAAAAUUUGGGCUUUGCAUCACCUCAUAUUGAGGCAUUCUCAUCAGCCAGAGGAGCGGCUAAAACAAUAUAUUCAAUAAUAAAUAGGCAACCUCUAAUUGAUCCACUUAGUAAAGAUGGCUUGAAGCCUAUGGAUAUCAAAGGCGAUAUUAAUUUCGAGAAUGUAUACUUCAACUAUCCUGCCCGUAAUGAUGUCAAAGUGCUCCAAGGACUAUCUUUGACCGUGAAAGCAGGUCAAUCUGUCGCAUUAGUUGGACCAUCAGGCUGCGGAAAAUCAACUUGCCUACAGCUUUUGCAGAGGCUUUAUGAUCCGAAAAGUGGAAUAAUUCGCUUGGACGGAAAUAAGAUAACUGAACUUAAUACAAAUUGGUUGCGCUCUAAUAUUGGUGUAGUUGGACAGGAGCCCGUCCUUUUCGCUACAACUAUCGGUGAUAACAUUCGCUAUGGAAAACCAGAUUGCACCCAAGAAGAAAUUAUCGCAGCUGCUAAAAUUGCGAACUGCCACGACUUUAUAAUGAAACUUCCCCAACAGUACGAAUCAAUGGUAGGAGAACGUGGGGCACAACUUUCGGGGGGCCAGAAGCAACGUAUUGCAAUCGCUAGAGCUAUAAUUCGGGAUCCAAAAAUUCUGCUUCUGGAUGAAGCGACAUCUGCCUUAGAUCCGACUUCUGAAAAAAGAGUGCAAAAAGCUUUAGAGAAAGCUAGUGAGGGGCGAACUACUUUAGUUGUAUCGCAUCGAUUGUCAACUAUCACCAACUCCGACAAAAUUGUAUUUAUUCAAAACGGUGUCGUCCAAGAAGAAGGCACCCACCGCGAAUUAAUGGAACGAAAGGGUCUCUAUUAUGACUUGGUAAAUGUCUCAAAAUCUGAGGAACCUGAAUCUGAGGAAGAGAAGCCAAGAAGAAGGAAACAAUCUCGCACUUUUUCCAGUUCCUCGGAGGAUGACGAUCUAGAAAAGGACUCAUCAUCUCAAGCUUCAGGAACAGAAGAUGCAGGUAGAUUCCUGGAAAAAAUUACUCCCCCUUUAUUCUUAACGAUAUAUUUUAUUUAUAUCCUAGAUGUUGCAAAUGGCAAAAAAUAUAAAGUAUCUCUGACGCGACUGUUCAAAUUGAAUGCUCCAGAAUGGAAAUUUAUAGUAAUUGGAUGCUUGGCUGCAAUUAUGCAUGGAUCUACUCAUCCUGCUUUCGCCGUAAUUUUCGGAGAAUUCUACGGAAUUCUCUCUAUCGACGAUCCUGGAAUGGUCUCGUCAGAAUCUGUUCUAUUCUCAAUCUACUUCCUGAUUUUGGGAUUUUUCGCUGGACUUGGAAAUUUGCUACAAACUUUCAUGUUAAACAUUGCUGGAUCUCGAUUAACUACAAGAUUGCGGAAAAUGACUUUUAAAGCGAUCUUGUCACAGGAAAUGGGUUAUUUUGAUGAUCAAGAUAACUCUGUUGGCGCACUGAGUGCUAGAUUGUCAGGAGAUUGCGCUGGCGUACAAGGGGCUACUGGCUCACGAAUCGGAGCGAUACUUCAGUCUAUUUCCACAAUGGUGAUCGGAGUAUUGUUGGCUUUCGUAUUUUCAUGGAAGUUAACUUUAGUUGGACUUACGACAAUACCUCUAGUGCUCGGAUCUAUAGUUUUCGAGGCUCGUUAUAUGGAAGCUGGUGACGCCGAAGAAAAGAAGGCACUAGAGAAAGCGUCACAAAUAGCCGUUGAGGCUAUUUCGAAUAUUCGUACGAUUGCUUCUCUUAAUCAAGAGGAACCAGUUAUCGAACGAUACAGCAAGCAAACUGAAGCAUCCCUGGCUGCGUGUCGGAAGAAAAAUCGAUUCCGCGGUGCAGUGUUUGCAUUGGGACAAACUGCCCCCACUAUGGCCUACGGUUUAGCAUUGUGGUAUGGUGGGGUGCUAGUAGCUCAUGGGGAAUUACAUUACAAGGAUGUAAUCAAAGUAUCAGAAGCUUUGGUUUUUGGCGCAUGGAUGUUGGGUCAAGCCCUUUCAUACGCACCAAAUGUGAAUGCGGCUAUGAAUUCGGCUGCUCGCAUUCUCAAAUUGCUCGACAGAGUUCCAAAAUUCCAUAACCCUCCAUCACUGCCGUUUAACGACGAAUCGAAAAUUCAAGGCAACAUUGAUUACAGUGAUAUCUACUUCCGAUAUCCAACUCGACCUAAUAUCCCAGUCCUUCAAGGUCUAAAACUGAAAAUUCCGAAAGGUAGCACAGUAGCGCUGGUAGGCCCUUCAGGUUGUGGAAAAUCAACCUGCAUACAACUGCUGCUACGUUAUUAUGAUCCGGACGAAGGAGAAAUAAAUCUUGAUGGAGUUCCAACAACAGAUUUUCCGGUGGAAAAACUCCGAUCACAUUUAGGAUUAGUUUCGCAAGAGCCUGUGUUAUUCGACAAAACAAUUGCUGAAAAUAUCGCUUAUGGGGAUAAUUCCCGAGAAGUGGCUAUGGCAGAAAUUAUUGAAGCUGCGAAAAAUGCCAAUAUACAUGACUUUGUAACGAAUCUUCCACUGGGCUACGAAACCUCCCUAGGAGCUAAAGGCACUCAACUUUCGGGAGGACAAAAGCAGCGAAUAGCAAUUGCUCGAGCACUUGUUCGAAAUCCACGGAUAAUGCUUUUAGACGAGGCCACAUCAGCUUUAGACACUCACAGUGAAAAAGUAGUUCAACGCGCCUUAGACGCUGCUCGCGAAGGACGAACUUGUAUUACAAUCGCUCAUCGCUUAACAACAAUCCAAAAUGCAGAUGUAAUUUGCGUCAUCAAGGCAGGCGAAGUCGUAGAAAUGGGAACUCAUCGCGAACUCAUGGAUUUAGGAAAGGAGUAUGCAAAAUUGCACGCAAUGCAACAAAUAGAUUAGUCAAUUUUAUUUAAGCUUCAAAACGAAUCAUUGUGAUAUUAGAACUGAAUAAAAACAUUCACUUCUGCUUUCUCCUUAUCGGCUGAUAUAUUUAUAUAUUAUAAAUAUUAUUAGAAACGUUCCGAACAAAUGCAGUAGGUGCUAUUGAAAGAUUUCAAAAGUAAGAUAAAAAAAAUAAAGUCUUAACAUAAUGAAUA